UGAAGAUGGAUGGCCUUUUAAUAAUGGCCGACCCGCAGUGAAGAUUGCGAUAAAACGUACUGACAAAGUGUUCCUGGAAAAGCGUUACUAUGAGCAGCUCUACCCAAGAAAAGUUAACUCGUAUUGCUAUAAUUAAUAGUGACAGGUGUAAGCCAAAGAAAUGUCGCCAAGAAUGUAAAAGAUCGUGUCCAGUUGUAAGACAAGGAAAGUUGUGCAUUGAGGUGUUACCAACAUCCAAGUUAGCAUAUAUAUCAGAACAGUUAUGUAUUGGGUGUGGUAUAUGUGUUAAGAAAUGUCCUUUUGAAGCCAUCACAGUCAUCAAUUUGCCAAGUAACUUGGAGAAAGAUACAACACACAGAUACAAUGCAAAUUCAUUUAAGCUUCAUAGACUUCCAACUCCAAGGCCUGGUGAGGUGUUGGGAUUAGUUGGCACAAAUGGUAUUGGAAAAUCAACAGCCCUGAAAAUUCUUGCUGGUAAAUUGAAGCCAAACUUAGGAAGAUUUUCGGCAGCUCCUGAUUGGCAAGAAAUUUUAACAUAUUUUCGAGGUUCAGAAUUACAAAAUUAUUUUACAAAAGUACUUGAAGAUGACCUGAAGGCGAUUAUAAAACCUCAAUAUGUUGAUCAAAUUCCAAAAGCUGUAAAGGGAAACGUAACCAUGUUACUGGAGAAAAAGGAUGACUCAGAUAGUAAGGCACGGUAUUGCAAAGAGUUUGAGCUUGAGCAUGUGCUGGAUCGAAAUGUUGACGAACUGUCUGGAGGAGAGUUACAAAGAUUUGCCUGUGCGGUUGUGUGUGUCCAAAAUGCUGAUGUAUAUAUGUUUGACGAACCAUCCAGUUACCUGGAUGUAAAACAGAGGUUAAAAGCAGCUUUGGCGAUUCGAGGAUUAUCCAAAGAAAAUAAAUACAUUAUUGUGGUGGAGCACGAUUUGAGCGUCCUGGAUUAUCUAUCCGAUUUCAUAUGUUGUCUUUAUGGCACGCCUGGUGUUUACGGAGUCGUUACUAUGCCUUUCACUGUCCGAGAAGGUAUUAACAUAUUUUUGGAUGGUUUUGUGCCAACUGAGAAUCUGCGUUUCAGGGAGGAGUCGUUAACUUUCAAAGUGUCAGAAACUGCCGAUGAAGAAGAGAUUAAGCGGAUGAGACGAUAUAGCUAUCCUGAUAUGGAAAAAACUCUAAAAUCCUUUCACAUGACCGUGAAAGAAGGCCAGUUCACUGAUUCUGAAAUCAUCGUCAUGUUGGGUGAGAACGGAACCGGGAAAACUACAUUUAUCCGCAUGAUGGCAGGCUUGUUGAAACCAGACAACGACACCCAGGUGCCCCAGUUGAACGUUAGUUACAAACCUCAAAAGAUUAGUCCGAAAUCGCAGGGUACUGUGCGCAUGUUAAUGCAUGCCAAAAUACGCGAUGCGUAUAUUCAUCCACAGUUUAUAACAGACGUUAUCAAGCCGCUGCAGAUCGAGCGAAUUUUUGACCAAGAGGUGCAGAAUUUAUCUGGUGGUGAAUUGCAACGUGUUGCUUUAACCUUGUGUUUGGGGAAGCCUGCAGAUGUUUAUUUGAUUGACGAACCGUCUGCUUAUUUGGAUUCUGAACAGCGUCUACACGCUGCAAAGGUGAUCAAAAGAUUUAUUUUGCACGCCAAAAAGACGGGAUUUAUCGUGGAGCACGAUUUCAUCAUGGCUACCUACCUUGCAGACAGAGUUAUCGUAUUCGAAGGAACACCGUCAGUUGAUACCAUUGCUAACUCGCCACAAUCUCUACUGUCUGGUAUGAACAAGUUUUUAAAAUCGCUUGAAAUCACAUUCAGAAGAGAUCCGCAGAACUUUCGACCGAGGAUAAACAAAAAGAAUUCCGUGAAGGACGCGCAACAAAAACGAGAUGGAAAUUUUUUCUUUAUAGACGAUGAGUAGAUAUGAGAUAUGAAAAAGAACUGUAUUUUGCUUUAAAAAAUAAUACACAAAUUUUACACCCGCGUUUGUUGCUGCUGUUGUUAUUGUCACUCAGAAAUAGGAAAAUAUUUUUUGUCGCGAUACGGUUAAAUAUUAAAAAAAUCUGUUCGUGUGAA